GGACAUUUUCUACGUUCCUGAGAGAUCGCAGCGACCGAACAGUGAUGGAAUCGAAGGGUCGCUCGGUCACCUUACUUCAUAAUGCUGUUCUCGUGACCAUGGAUCCCGAAAAUAGAGUGUUCAGAGACGGCGGACUCGUCGUAGAAGCGGACAGGAUCAAAGCCAUCGGUCAAUCUUCUGAUGUUCUUCGGGACUUCUCUGCUCACGUUGACGAGAUUAUCGAUCUCCAUGGCCAAAUCUUACUACCAGGAUUUAUCAAUUCGCACGUUCACACUUCUCAACAGCUGGCGAGAGGGAUAGCAGACGACGUUGAUUUGGUGACCUGGUUACACAAGCGUAUAUGGCCGUAUGAGUCGAACAUGACGGAAGAGGAUUCUUACAUAUCGACUUUGCUAUGUGGAGUCGAACUCAUACGAUCUGGUGUAACUUGUUUUGCUGAAGCAGGAGGGCAGCAUGUAUCUGGAAUGGCAAGAGCAGUGGAUUUGUUGGGCAUACGUGCAUGUUUAACACAAUCUACAAUGGAUUCUGGCGAGGGCUUACCUGCUCAGUGGGCUGUCCACACUACCGAUCACUGUAUUCAGUCUCAGAAGGAGCUUUACAAGAAGUAUCACAAUACUGCUGAUGGACGCAUCAGAAUAUGGUUUGGAAUAAGGCAAAUUAUGAAUGCAACUGACCGCUUACUACUUGAAACAAAGCAUGCAGCAAAUGAUCUAAAAACAGGCAUCCAUAUGCAUGUUGCGGAGAUACCUUAUGAGAACCAAUUUGUGAUGAAUACACGAGAAGUUGAUCAUGGAACCGUUACAUACUUGGAUAAAAUAGAAUUCUUACAAAGAAACCUGCUGGCAGCUCACUCUGUUUGGGUCAAUGAUGCUGAGAUUGGUUUCCUUUCAAGGGCUGGGGUGAAAGUAUCUCAUUGCCCUGCUGCUGCAAUGCGAAUGCUUGGAUUUGCUCCUAUAAAGGAGAUGCUUGAUACUGGCAUCUGUGUCUCCUUGGGUACAGAUGGAGCUCCUUCAAAUAAUAGAAUGAGCAUUGUUGAUGAGAUGUAUCUAGCCUCAUUAAUUAACAAAGGACGGGAAGUUUUUAAGAAGGGAACAACUGAUCCCACUGCCCUUCCUGCUGAUAUGAUUCUUAAAAUGGUGACAGUAAAUGGUGCGAAAUCAGUACUGUGGGAUGAUGAAAUAGGAUCACUUGAGGUUGGGAAGAAGGCUGACUUGGUUGUUGUCAACCCUCUAUCUUGGUCUAUGGUUCCUGUACAUGAUUGCAUUUCCAGCCUCGUUUAUUGCAUGCGAAGCGAAAAUAUUGAUUCAGUCAUGUGCAAUGGUCGGUGGAUUAUGAAGAAUCAAAAGAUAUUGAAUGUGGACGAGGGGGAGGUUAUUUCAAUGGCAAGGCAAGCUUCUAAUGAAAUUAUGAAGAGGGCGGACAUCAAGGUUCCAAGCAGAAUGAAUUUCCUCUGAACUUUUCAGGUUGGUUGGAAUUUUUCCAAAUUUAUUCAUGAAAAGUGGUUUUGUUCUUCCAAUAGAGCCAGUGAACAAAAUUCUGCUUUGGAAGGCAUGCAUUUGAACUUUUUGUGACAGAGAAUUGUAUCAUUUGUCCUGUCAACAUUGUGCAAUGAAAACCUUGAAUAGGUUUCUCCGGUGGCACAUCCAA